AAAAGUACAGAGGAGUGCGAUCAUCUUCACAGUAUACUCUUGGCGUGGUUCGUUGGAAUGAAAACGUUCGCAGCAUAACCAUGCUCGCAGAAAGCUCACGGAGCCAACCUCCAUUCGAGAAGCGGCUCGAUGACUACCUAUACGCCCUCAAUGAGAGAGAUGACUUCGCCAUGUCCAUCAUCUUCUUCCACGGGCCCUGUAAUGAUGGAGAGGAAACAGCUAAUUUGUAUUUCCGCGAUUGGGUUUCGAUCUGUCAAAAUGCUAGCGGUGUCGAAGUUCUGUGGCCAACGGCUUGGCUGGCGGAAGACGUGCCAGGUGCCAGGAUAUUUUCUGCCACUUACGAUCUUAGCCUGAAGGUUACAUCGAGAGAAGGGAGACAAGAUUACUACCUAAUAGGAGAAAACUUGUUAGGCAGCAUAUUCCUGCAUGCACAGGAUUACGAGAUGUGGUCAAAACCCGUGGUCUUGGUGGGUCAUUCUCUUGGAGGAAUCGUUAUCAAGGAACUUCUGCUGCAAGCUCACCGAAAUGUGGCCGGCAGUGGCGGAUACGACAAAGGAAGGGUCAAGCAGUUCCUGGACAACAUCAUCCUGAUAUACUACUACUCAACGCCUCAUUCUGGUAUGAGCCUUCGCGUGGAAGGAGAAUCGGGUGGACCCCUCAGCCUUACUUGCACGCCGAGUCGAAUAUGGAAAAAUGCCAGAUUUCUGAACGUGUACCUCUCACGCCUACAGCAGGAGUUCAGGCAGAUGUCUAGCUUGUACAGGAUCGAUGACAAGAGAUGGCGGAAGGCUACAAUUGGAGAAACUUCUAUGACUAAAUGGGACCUAGAGGGAAUACACAAGGUCCUGGUGCCGGAAGGAUCUUGGAGAGGCGAAGAUUGCGACAGUUACAUGACAGCGGACGCCGACCACUUCUCAGUGUGCAAACCGACUAGCAAAACCAGCAACAAUUACAUCGAUCUCCUGAGCCAGAUUGAGGCUUGCCAUUAUCAGCUUCGAAUCACCCAGCACGUUCGGGAAGCAAUCACAAGUGUGAUAGUCUCUAGAGAAACCUCCUUGAAGAAAUUGCCCAGUUUAGACCUGGCCUCGCUCGUAGAUCUAAAGGAACAGCUUCCUUGUUAUCCAGCUACAGCUCUCCAUUCUCAAGUCAUUACACAACAUAGCCGAUCUAGACUACCACCUAUUGAGGGAAAUAUCAAUUGGUACAGAUUCCAUAGAACUCUUGCUAGGCUUAAUGCUAGAGCGGGAUUAUGACGACAUCAAGUAUUAUGCAUCUUCUUUACGCGUAGCUUUACUUCGCCACUGGACGUCGACAACAAUAAAGCAGCAUUUGAGACACAAUGCAACAGGGCUGCGCUGGGUUUCCGCGUUCCGAAGUUCCAGUCGUUGGAGUUGAUUGUUUGAUUCUCGAAUCGAACAAUCAACUCCAAGCCCAAUAUUCAACCUUAGAGUUUACUAGUAGUGUACUAACAGUAAAAAUAGGCCGUCUCGGAAGAUGGUCAUCUGGGAACUUUUGUAA